AUGCCACCAAUUCGCAAUAAAAACGAAAAGAAUUUAGCAGAACAUAAAUUGUCUCAAUUUGAAGAGGAAUCACUUGUCAAAUGGGUACUCGAUCUAGACAAACGUGGAUUACCCCCUCGGCACUCUCUUGUUGGAGAGAAAUGGGUCUAUAAUCUCGUCAAACGUCGCCCAGAGAUUGAAUCAAAAUUUUCACGGAAAUAUAACUACGAGCGUGCUAAAUGCGAAGAUCCGAAGUUAAUCCAAGAAUAUUUUGAUCGCGUACGAGAGGUUAUAUCAAAGUACGGAAUCUUACCAGAAGAUAUCUACAAUUUUGAUGAGACUGGCUUUGCUAUGGGACUCUGUGCAACCGCAAAGGUUAUUACUGGAAGCGAUCGAUAUGCUCGGCCAAAGCUAUUACAGCCUGGAAAUUGA